AUGCGUCCCAGGGGAAUUGAAGAUAUUCCUAUAAACAGCAUUUUGAAGAAGGAAAUAGAAGCGAACGGGUUUGGGAAGAUGACUGAUGUUCAACAGAUGUGUGUUCCGGAAAUGCUGAAGGGAAAGGAUGUGGUGGUCCAGUCUCCAACAGGUACAGGAAAGACCAUGGCGUUUCUUGCACCAAUACUUAGUGCGAUAUACGACAGGAGAGAAGAGAAGGGAAUUGUAGCGAUGAUUAUCACACCGACUAGAGAGCUUGCCUUGCAGAUCAAGGACGUAGCCGAUCUGUUUGGGGUGGGAUGCGAAUGCUUUAUCGGCGGAAUGAACAUUGAAGAUGACUACGAAAGAAUGAAGAAGGAAUUUCCCAUUGUUGUUGGAACGCCGGGAAGACUCUUGGAGAUUGUCGGUAGAGACACAAAGAAAUUUUCACGGGUCAGACAUGCUAUACUUGAUGAAGCAGAUAAGCUACUGGGCUUUGGGUUUGAGGAAAAGCUCCUGCAACUACUUGCAAAGCUUCCAAAAAACAGAGUUACAGGCCUAUUUUCCGCAACAAUCAACGACUCUGUGAGCAAGCUCUCGAUGUCUUCUCUAAGGAAUCCUGUUAGCAUCAAUGUAGGGAACAACGCAAUGCCUGUCGCUCUCGAAUAUAUUGUUCUAAGUCCUAUGGACAAGCUAUUUGCUCUAGUUGAUAUUGUCCCUGGGCGAAGAUGUAUUGUUUUCUUUGCAACUUGCAACGAGGUGGACUUCUUUUCUAGUCUGCUUUCGAGAGCUGGGCUGCAAAACAUCUGCAAGAUACAUGGGAAGAUCCCCCAAGAUGAGCGAAAUAGGGUCUACAGAGAGUUUUUCAAGGGAAACAGCCUUCUUUUCUGCACAGACGUGGCGGCAAGGGGAAUCGACUUUCAGGAUGUGGAUUUGGUAGUGCAUUUUGACAUCCCAAAGGAAUACAGCAGUAUAGUCCACAGAAGUGGACGAACGGCCAGAAAUGGAUGCAAAGGGGAGUCCAUCCUCUUUGUGAUGCCGAAUGAGAAAGCAUAUACCGAGUUUCUAAAGCUGAAGGGGAUUCCCGUGGCAGAGAGCAGUUACAAGAUAAAGCCUUCGACUUCCUAUAGCGACAUAAAGAGCAAGAUUGAUUCUGAUCUCCUAAACCUUUCUGUUAAGGCCUUUGUGUCCUACAUAAGGUCAUACAAGGAGCACUUUGUGUCUUACAUCUUGGACUACAAGGGCUUGGACUUCAACUCUUUGGCCGAGCUUUUCUUUCUGGAGAAAAUACCUGGAAUGGCAGAGCUGAAGAACGUCAAGUUUGAAAAGUUUGUUAAGCCUGAAAAAACCGAGAGAAAGGGGACUAAACCUAAAAAAAGGAUCAGAAAAAAGUAA